CCCCCCUAUUCCACCCCAUUGAUUGCUUAUUAUCCCCCCAUUAUCCCCCCACUGAAAUCUGAAUGUUCUCUGUUUUCUAGCCAUUAUUGUUAAUCUGUUAUCCUUUGAAAUACGCUGCUGAACCUACAAUUUAUUGCUGCUGUUCACUUAUUUAAUUUUCGGUGAUUAAGAAUUCUGUUGAUUUCUUUAGUAGUUUAAUAAUUUGAGAAAGAGCAUGAUACCUACUCUUUGAAUUCUUGAACUGAGUUGUGCCUAACUACAUUAUGUUGCUAUGUUCCCUUCCCCAUGUUUCCCGCUUGAGGCUUGUGUGGUCCAAUUGCUUUUCCGCCUAGAUUAAUAUUGACUGUAGUUGCAUUGCUUACUAUUUUAAAUACAUAUUCAUGCUGGUCAUUGUAUUGUGCUGCCCCACCAAUCCCAAUCUUAACCUAGGUCCUAGUGAGUCAAUAUUGUCCACUUGGACAGCACUUGUAGGAAGUCCUGUUGUCUAGGUUCCCUCCUACAUCAUCUUGGUAUCAGAGCAAAUUUCUUGUCAAUUUGUUUACUCCAAUGGUUGCUUAUACCACCCCCUCAUCUGAACUGUGGACUUGGUUGUUGAAGAUGAUUAGAGCUUUCCAAGAAGAAAAGGAAGUGUAUAGGAUAGGAAGGGAAGCACAAGUUGUUACCCUCCAAGACAUUAACACAAGACUUGAUGCCCUAGAGUGGAACCCCCGCGGAUAGCAAGGUUAUAUUACUCAUGACAUUGUGAUGACACCUCGAGAAUCGUGCCUCCAUCUAGAGACCCUCACAUCAAGCUUUGCUGUCUAUAUUGAAGAUGAACUGGAUGAUCCGAUGAAAGAUGCCUCUGAAGAACUGAUCGAUGGCCCGAUCUCUUUUGUGAAGACCCACCAUCCGAUUCCGAUCAAAGUCAUAUCAUUUGUUGACGACCAUCAGAAGAUUGUGACCGUUGAUCGGAGGUGCGCUGGAUCUUUAUCCCAUUGGAGCCAUUGAUUGAGGAUGCUGAUUGAGUGGUGUUGAUUUUCUCCUUCUAUAAAACUCGUGGACAAGUUUUUCUAAACAUCAGGGGAGUUGAUGUAGCAGCGCUCCGAUGGAUCAACCCGAACCCGCUCCAGAACCCGGACCAAGACUAAGACCUAGAUCCAAUUUGGGUUCCAAGUUACUGAUUUAGGUUCAAGAUUAUUAGAAUAAUCUAGGAUUUUAUUCUAUUUGUAAUCUUUUAUUUUAGGCAGUUCUAGAUAAGUAAUAAAUUCUAGGAUUUUAUUUUAUUUGCAAUCUUUUAUUUUAGGUAGUUUCUAGAUAGCUAACAAGUUUCCAAUUUGAGUAAUUCUUUGUUUCUAUUUCUAUUAGUCUAGAUUUAGGAGAUUUUAUUUCUGUUUUAGUCUUUGACUUUAAGUAGGAAGCUUUAAUUUUAGAUUAUUAUAAAUAAAGCAUGUAACCCAAGUUAUGGGAUUAAUUGAAAAUGAAUGAAUAUUAUUGAAAGUAAAAGAUAGCCCCCAAACCCCACGACUUCUCUCUCUCUCUGCCUCUCCCUCUUCUCGUCUCUCACUCUCGUCCUCCGCUCUUUCUUGGUAAUACCUCUCAUCACGUCUCUCUCUUUCCCUGUCUCUGUUCUCUCGGUUACUGUUAUGUCUGCUGCAACUACUGAACACAACAGAUUGAAGACCAUCUCAGUUGCAUAAUCCCCAUCGGAAUGCUGCUGAGCACUACACCAUCAAGCUGGAAUUUUCUCCUUCAUCAAAUAAGGUGGACUGCACAUCUAUUUUGGAGGACUUCGGCUUCUCCUUUUCUUCUCAGAUCGGGACAACAAGAAGGUAAUUAAACCUCCCCUAUUCCACCCAUUGACUGCUUAUUAUCCCCCCAUUAUCCCCCCACUGAAAUCUGAAUGUUCUCUGUUUUCAAGCCAUUAUUGUUUAUCUGUUAUCCUUUGAAAUACCCUGCUGAACCUACAAUUUAUUGUUGCUGUUCACUUAUUUAAUUUUCUGUGAUUAAGAUUUCUGUUGAUCUCUUUAGUAGUUGAAUGAUUUGAGAAAGAACAUGAUACCUACUCUUUGAAUUCUUGAACUGAUUUGUGCCUAACUACAUUAUGUUGCCAUUGUUCCCUUCCCCAUGUUUCCCGCUUGAGGCUUAUGUGUCCAAUUGCUUUUCCACCUAGAUUAAUAUUGACUGUUGUUGCAUUGCUUACUAUUUCAAAUACAUAUGCAUGCUGGUCAUUGUAUUGUGCUGCCCCACCAAUCCCAAUCCCAAUCCCAAUCCCAAUCCCAAUCCCAACCUAGGUCCUAGUGAGUCAAUAUUAUCCACUUGGACAGCACUUGUAGGAAGUCCUGUUGUCUAGGUUCCCUCCUACAUCACGUAUGGUCAACAGUCAACACUUGACACGUCUAUUUUGCUUUCAGAAAUGCCCCUUAAGGUGCUCUAAAUGGUAGUGAAUGGGGUAUGUGUCGAGCGCUUAGGGUAUGUGCAGUAGAACUGGACUCGAUUUCUAGUUGGGCUAACCAUGAUUCAUUCUUGGUUGAAAAACCUAUAUAUUUGUGCAAAUGUAGGAUGAUGUGGCAAUUUUUAUUGUUGGAUGUUUAGGGACCAUGGAAUGGUCUCAAUUAGCCACAUGUUAAAUUUUAAAUCCACAUUCAACUAUUUGUCUUCUCAUGUAAUGGCAAACCCUGCUCCGUAUGUCAAUUCAUCUCAUCAUUAAAGCAUACUAUUUUUGUAGUUAGACUUUUUUUUUAUGCUUCAUUAUACCAUGAGGAUAAUUCUGUUUGAACUGAAACUUGACAUGUGAGUUGGGGACAACAAGAUCUAGAUGUACUUGAUUUUGACCAGUUAAUGAACCCUAACCAUUUUUUGAUGUGUCCUUGGUCCACGAUAGCUAGUAGGCACGAAAUGGAGCUACUCCUUUUUAAUCCUCGUUUUGUAAUUAAGCAAUCUAAUGUUUACCCUAUGUAUGUCCUUCACACUAUAGCUGCCCAGAUCGCUAAAACUAAAUCUUGUCUAUAACAACCUUGACCUUACUAUGUAAUGAUUUUUUUUUUUCUCUUCGAAUAAAAGAAAAAUUAAGAUCUAGUUGUAAUUUCUGCCCCAUCUAACUUGCCACGUGGUAGAAAUAGUUCUUUUAACUGAGAGCCCUUUCUAGUUGGGCUAAACAGAAAAAGUUGCUCCUAUAUGAAUCCAUGUCAACUCCCCACGUGGGGAGAGGAGUUGCCCUUCCCAACAUGGGAUAGAUCAAACCCCCUCUGACUUGUGGUUAGGGGAGGGUAAAGUUGAAAAGGGGGGGUCUGACUCAUGUCCAUGGUGGAUGGAGGGUUGGAUCCAUAACGUUGACGUCACCAUACUCAAUAGAAAUAGCCUACCCAAAAUGAGUGGUAAAGAUGUCUUUUCACAUAGAAAGGAGAGAGAUAGACACAUGAGAGCGUUGGCGUUGGCCACUCUUGGAUAGAGUUCUUUUUCCUGCAUAAAAAAUAGAAGAGUGCAAGGGUCAUCAUCAGACAACCCUACCAAAAAGAGCAAACCACAACCAUUUUACAUUUAGAACUGACGUAUCCACACCCUCUUAGAUUUCUGUCCGUAGAAGUUUGUAGAUCAUUGGGCAAGGAAUCAAAGGUAAACUCCGCUCAAUUGAGGGAAGACCUCUAUUUUGACAAUUGAUCAGUCACUUGAUUGCACUCUCUGAAGGCGUGCUUAGUCUCCAUGCAUAUGCAACAGGAAGAGUUCUUUGUUCAGGAGUACGGCUUGUGCACCUGUACAAGUGCUAAUAGAAUCGCACUUGGAAGCAUCAACAAGGUAAGCAUUUCCACCUUUCAUGGGGCGAUAUGGUCAUUUUAUGAGAUUGGAUCCAUUGCACGUAAUUGUACAUGUGAGGAUCCAACACCUGUCUCACUUUCUAUCGUUACAAUGAUAAAGAAGGAUAUAUAUGAAAGAAAAAUGACAGGUGUUGAAUCUACACAUGUACGACCAAGUGAUCGUACGAGCGGAGGAUCCAUUCUCUUAUUUCACUCCCCCUCUAUCUUGGACAGAUUCUUUUUUGCUCCCAAAAAAAUUCUAUUUUCUUUUCUCAUCUUUCAAGCACAGCCUUAAGGCAUAGCUCCGCACGUGGAACUAUAAUCUUAUCCCUCGUAUCCAUUUCCACUUCCAUCUCAUUGGAUAUGAGCGCCCCCACGUUAGCAUAGAUUACAUAAGUUCGUUGAAUCUUCACGUACGUGAAUGUACGUGAACGUCCCUGAUCCGUGGAUAUGGCAUCUAUUUUCUCUCUCCUCAUUUAAUAGAUGCCAUAUCCGUGGAUUGGGGAUGUUCACGUACAUUCACGUACGUGAAGAUUCACCGCUCUACACUUCCCACUCUUAUUUCCUCCCUCUUCUUUCAAUCCACCUCGUCUUCUCCACUGUACCACUUUGACACUUUUAACAGACAAAACCACCACCACCACCAUUUAGGAGAGCAGAAAAUUCCGGCAACCAUGGCUGCCGCCGCAGCUGCAAUAGGUUCUUGCUUCUCCACUGCUGCUACCACCUCUUGUAUCCGUUCAAAACAAGUGGCACUUGAUUUUGUCCUGAGAAUUAGCCAUGUCCGUACUUUACAAGUGGGUUCAGUAUCCCAUACUCACUCCAUUGAAUUCCUCUCAACUAGCAUGAUCUCCCACAAGUGGUGCACACUGAGGAUCUUGGCAGCUGUUGCACAAGAAGAGGCAGAGACAGCAAUCCAAAUGGAACCUGAAUUGGUGGAGGAGCCAGAGGAUAUAGUUGAUGAGGAAGGAGAGGAUCAGGUGUUGGGUGAAGAGGAAGCUCAGACUCCUAUAAACACCAAGCUUUACUUCGGAAAUCUUCCUUAUCACUGUGACAGUGCUCAACUCACUGGAAUUGUUCAAGAGUAUGGAAGUCCAGAGAUGGUUGAGGUGCUUUAUGAUAGGGAGACAGGAAGAAGCCGAGGAUUUGCAUUUGUUACAAUGAGCAGUGCUGAAGAUGCAAAUGCAGUUAUCAAAAAUCUUGAUGGAAGUAUAUUUGGUGGUUGGACACUUGAGGUGAACUUCUCAGAUAAACCAAGGCCUAGGAAACCCAUGUAUCCUGAAACCGAUUACAAGCUUUUUGUUGGGAACUUAUCAUGGUCAGUCACAUCGGAGAGUUUGUUCCAAGUUUUCCAAGAAUAUGGUAAUGUGGUUGGAGCCAGAGUCCUAUAAUUUGGAGAUACAUGAUGAUCUUGUGGUUAUGGUUUUGUUUGCUACUCAUCCAAGACGGAGAUGGAUGCUGCUCUUGAAUCUCUCUCUCUCUCUCUCUUUAGCAUUUAAUCAUGUAUCCCUCACACACCCACAUAAGCAUGCAUACACAUGCAUCAUAGAUUUUGAACAUGCUUCUAUGAAGUCGAGGUCCAGGCCUACAUGAUGCCACCUGAAACCUGACAAGGGUUGGUUGAGUCAAUCUAGGCCAAGGGACUUUUAAGCAGGUUGCUCAUUCAAAUCAGAUCUUGGUGCUGUAUAUAUGUAGACUUCCCAUCUUGAGUUAUGAACGUAUGAGCAGAAACCAUGUUUCUGAUAUUCUAGUUCUGACAUGGUUCAAAAAGAUUAGGUUGAUCCUGAUUAAUGCGGAUUCCCACACCCCUUUUUUCGAAUCGUCUAUGAACACUUUUGGAUCUUCAUUUUUUUCCAUUUUUUAGUCAGUAAAAUAGCAGAAAAUCACAUAACUUGCAUCUUGUAGCAAGAUCUUUAAGUCUUUUGAAUAAAAAAAUCCCAAAGACUCAUAUAUGUGCAAGUCUUUGCUUCUUCUUACUGGUUCCAUUUUCUAGGGUUCUAAGCCGAUUCCAACCAAAAUUGGCGUUGAUGGAGGCAGAUCACGUGUCAGAUUCUGGGUAUUUAAACCUCGAGUCUGGAGCAGCAAGUCUUUGUAACCUGUGUGUAUAUUCAAGUCUUAUUAUUGGCCUUUUUGGUCCUGGCUUGUGAACAAUGAACAUUGGAUUUGUGCUUAUUUUGACAGCUUCUUUU